UCGGAACAGCUGAUUGAAUUAUAAAAAUGUCGACUACUGUCAACAAAGUUAUUUUUGCAUUUAAUUUUCGUCGCGCCCCAUGAAAAUAGAUUAAACAGUGAUAUAAACUAAUUAAUAGUAGUGAACUAGUUUAUUUAAAACAUUAAUUCUGGUUAAAUUUAAGUGACAACUGUAGAUAAUCAUGAAAAUUGAAGUUAUUCAAAUCAUCCUUGCAAUUAUUUUGUAUCUAACAAUUUGCACUUUAUCGAAUAAAACUGAAACUCAGGAAUGUCCAGAUUAUCGUAUACAACAUGGAGAUAUUGAUCACGGUUCCUUUAAAAUAGUAGACAGUGGUGACAAUAUAGAUCUUUCACAGCAAACGAUACAUAUCACAUGUGACCCAGGAUUUGAUUUAAUAGGACCCCCAAAGGUAUGGUGUGUAGAUGGUCAAUGGGAACAACAUGUACGACCCCAUUGUGUAGCUAGGUGUACUUCACCACCAACUGUGAUAUAUGGAACUGUGGAUGUUGAAGGUGAGGCAGUGCAUGGUCUGUAUCGUAAGGGUGCACUGGCUACAUAUAGAUGUAAUGCAGGAUUUUUCUUGUCACCUCCUGAAAGUAUGUACCGUGUAUGUGAAAAGGGUAUUUGGACAGGGCCAGUAGCAACUUGUCAACCUAUAGGGUGUGAACCGCCAAAGACUGUGAUUAAUGGUUAUUAUGUUCAAGAAAAAAAUGAUUUUGACAAUCCUUAUGCGGUAGGACAAAGAUUGCAUUAUAGUUGUGCAUCAGGAUAUACUUUAGUGGGAGACAGUGCACAGCUGUGUCUUGAAGAUAGAACAUGGUCUCCAAAAAUACAGCCUGUUUGUAUUUCUAUUGAUGAUGAUCGGAAUAUUUCUGAUGAAGAUUCCUGUCAACCAGCCCCAUUGAUACCACACACAAUUACAACUAUUAUUAGUGGCUUUCAUAACAGUGAAAUGGCAAUUGCGGGUACCGAAAUGGAAGUCCGUUGUAUUCCCAAAUAUAGAAAUAAUAAAACACCUUGCUCAUUAUCCACCAAAAUUCGCUGUGUCAAUGGACGAUGGCUCGGGGAUUUACCUACUUGUGUUCCUGCCAAGGACUGUUUGCCCCCACCAGUCGUCCCUCAUGCCCAUAUAUGGUACAUUAACAAUUUCUUUGCUGAACCCGAUAAAAUUUCACAUUACCCCAUACAUGCGCGCAUAGCGUAUCAAUGCUGGCCAGGUUAUGAACCGGAAGGAAACAGUGUUGCUGAGUGCUCAAAUGACGGUUGCUGGUCCCCUUCAACUCCCCCAGUUUGCAAAAAGAGUUUGAAAUACUUAAUUCAAAUGGGCAAUGCUGGUUCAACAGUUAUAUCGAUGGUAACUGGUGCUGGUAUCCUUGUAUUGCUGUUCAUCGCUUGUUUGGCAGUAAUUUGUAGUCGACGGAAACCUUUGUCAAGACCUGUGACGAUUCCGCCUCCAGUUCCGAUGCCCAGGACCACGGAAACAUCUGACCAUGUCUCAUUACUUAAUCAUCCAGAUCGGCUAGCUUUGAUUGCCUACGCCGACGGUGUACAGAAUGGAAGUCAACCAGCUUUACCUAGUUAUGAAGAAGCCAUUCGUGAUCAAAGGCCUAGUUUGACAUCGAACAGACUCCAUAGACCUCACUGGCCUUUUCUGGCUCAAAGAAGAGCGAGAAAUUCACCAGAAGGAGCACACGUUACUAGACAGGGGUCUUUUGCAUCCCAUUCUGCCAGCACAAGAUCAGGAGGCGAUCCUAUGGGAUCGACGGACACCAUGGUUGUUUCGGAGGGCUCGACCGCCAUAACAUUGGACACAGUAUCUUCGCACAGUGGUUCCCAAACUGCCUCAUGUCGAGCUCACUGCGGUAGUCUAGCAUCCUUUGAUACCAGCUCGGUCCACAAUACUGAAGGUGUUCCUCUCCUAGAAGAGAGCGAACAUGAAGACGGUAACAUUGACAACCAUUCGUUAGCGAUAGAAAAUCGUUCCAUGACGGACAACAACUCUGCUAAAUUGUCCAUGGUAUCUCCUGAUGUACCCUAGUCCCAUCACAAUCGUAGUGUCUGUUGUUAGGCGCCCUAAUUAAACCUACAUAAGUAUUCGUAGCAGUAGGUAAACCUUCCCGAGAAGAAUGUCAUACAACUUUUCGAAACCAACCAAAAAUCUAAAUUUUAUUGAUCGUAAACAAACUUUGACCAUCAUACAUAAAUAUUUACUUUUUUUAUAUAUUUUUAACAUGGACAUUAACAUUGAGAACAAUAAAAUUGACAAAUAUGUGCAUUAAAAUUUUUAAUGUUUGGAAAAUCGGAAAGUUGAAUGACGUGUCUUUAGCAACAAAUAAAUAAAUUGCUUCAGAUUUCAUCUCCAGUUUAAAAAUUUUUCUAGCAUCGGUCCCAUAAUAUGAGCCUGAUAUACAUAUAGGUGUUACUAAUUCUAUAUAUUGAAGAUUCCGAAUAGAAAUUUGUUUUGAUAACACUUAAACAAAAAUUAAUUUUUUAUACUUUAGUACAAAGUACAGUUAGGCUGUUACUUUAAUUACUUUCAAGUACCGUAGCUCUAGUAGGUAAGUGGAAUGCUAUCAGAUUUAAAGAACAAAAGAAUCUCGCGAAAUGCUUUCUUUAUUUGUAAAUGAAAAGUAAGUAGACAGUAGUCAAAUCGAUACUAAUAAAAUAAUUCGAAGUGGUCUGUAUUCUGUCGAAACUGUCAGACGCGGAUCGCGAUUUCGAUCUUUUCGG